AAUCAAAUCCUAAAUGUAUAAAAGGCAUAGCAAAGUAUCAGAAGAAGUUCAGUUCAGUUGUGCAACUAGUGAGUUCGUGAAUUAAACGUGUGACAUCUCAGAAGGAAUCCAGGACGACAAUCUAGGACUACAGGAAGAAGCUACAGGACGAUAAGUAUUACCUAACAUAUAACGUAAACGAGUACAAAGUCUUUUAUUUUGAAUUGGAGUUGUUAAAUAGACUUAUACCCCAAGUCUAUAAGUGGCGCAGUCGGUAAGCCAUAAAACAGCAAGGAACUUUCUAUUUUCAUUUGUACUAAAGAAUAAAUAUGCUUUGGAUCUUGCCAAAAAUCCAAUAGAGGUUAUUUUAUUCAAAUAAAAGUAUAAAAAAAUUUAGAAAAGGAAGAGAAUCCGGUAAAACAAGCGGAGGAAAAAUCUACCAACUUGUGUAUAUCGAGAAGUACGUUGUAUGAAACCCUACCAUAUUCCAAAAAGGAGGGAACAGGACAAUACAAAGAAAGAAGAAAUGGUAACAUCGGAACAGUCACAAGGACUCACUGGAAGUUUGAUGGAGAUAAAAUUUGAUCCACUCAAAUUUAUCAAUAGAAUGGGUGAGUAUAAUGGGGAAAGCACAGCUGAACUCGAACAAUUUGUGAAUAAAGUAGAGCUAUUACUCAAUAGCAUGGGUAACUAUUCCCUACAAUCACAAAAAUUCGUGAUAUUACAAAUUCGCGAUAAAAUAGUUGGUAAAGCGAAUACCACACUAUUACGUUAUAGUAUCGACACCACGAAUUGGGGCGAUAUAAAAAGAGUGUUAAUUGAAAAUUUCAGUGAAAAGAAUACAUUUCUGCAAUUACACGAAAAAGCAGAAAAAGUAAGCAUAAAAAUAUUACGCAAACAUAUUACGAAUUAUCGAAUAUUUUAA